GAGAGAAAGAAGAGAGAGAGAGACAAAGAAAAGAAGGAAGGAGAAAGAAAGAAAAUAAGAGAAAGAAAGAGAAAGAAAGAGAAAAGAAAGGAAGGAGAGAGAAAUAAGAGAGAGGGAGACAAAGAAAGGAAGGAAGGAGAAAGAAAGAAAAUAAAAGAAAAAGAAAGAGAGAAAGGAAGGAAGGAGAGAGAGAGAGAAAGGAAAAGAAGGAAGGAAGGAGAGAGAAAAAAGAGAAGAGAGAAAGAACGAAAAGGAGAAAGAAAGAAAAAGGAAGGAAGGAAGAGAGAGAGAGAGAAAGCAAGCAAGCAAGCAAGCAAGCAAGCAAGCAAGAAAGAAAGAAAGAAAGAAAGAAAGAAAAAGAAAGAAAGACAGAAAGAAAGAAAGAAAGAAAGAAAGAAAGAAAGAAAGAAAGAAAGAAAGGCGGAGGAGGGGGAUACGGCUUCCCUCCCCUUUCCCCUCCCCAAUUGAAAAGCGCCUUCCGCCAAAGGACCGGGUGCAGCCAGGGAUCCCGUCCAGCCCGGCCGCUUUCACCGUCGCCAAAUCCCCGUCUUAGUAAUUGCUUUUUAGGUACCCCAGCGGGGAGUGAGAGGAGGGCGCUGUGGCCUCCGGUUUCUCGGCCUCUCUCUCCCCUCCCGCCCCGAAAAUAUGAGGGCAGCCCUUGCGGAACACGCCUGAAGGGAGGGACCCCGAGGCUCCUCCCGCGCCGCUCCAAGUGCCUUCUAGGCGCCCGCCCGCCGGAGCGGGAGAUGGAGAGGAGUGAGCUGGAUGGCAGCAGCAGCACAGAAGCUCCCCAGCAAUGCUGCCGGGAGGCUGCGCGGGCUGUCGGUGAAGCGGCGGGAGCGGCUAUGGAGGAGUCCGCAGCGGAGGCUUCUUCUUCAGGGGACUCGGUUGCUUCGGCCCCCAAGGCCGUCAGCCCUGUCAGCGCUCCCCAACAGGAGCUGAAGCAGCAGCAGCAGCAGCAAGGGGUCAAGAGGCACCAUCACAAGCACAACCUGAAACAUCGCUACGAGUUGCAAGAAACGCUGGGCAAGGGUACCUAUGGCAAAGUCAAGAGGGCCAUCGAGAGGUUCUCAGGCAGAGUGGUUGCAAUAAAAUCCAUCCGUAAGGACAAAAUUAAGGAUGAACAAGAUAUGGUACACAUCAGACGGGAGAUUGAGAUUAUGUCAUCUCUCAGCCAUCCUCAUAUCAUCACCAUAUAUGAAGUAUUUGAGAACAAAGAUAAAAUAGUGAUCAUCAUGGAAUAUGCAAGUAAAGGGGAAUUGUAUGAUUACAUCAGUGAGAGGCGAAGGCUAAAUGAAAGAGAGACAAGACACUUCUUCCGGCAAAUUGUUUCAGCAGUUCAUUAUUGUCAUAAGAAUGGUGUCGUUCACAGGGAUUUAAAACUGGAAAAUAUUCUUCUUGAUGACAAUUGUAACAUCAAGAUUGCAGACUUUGGUCUUUCAAAUCUUUAUCACAAGGAUAAAUUUCUCCAGACUUUCUGUGGAAGUCCACUAUAUGCAUCUCCUGAAAUUGUUAAUGGAAGACCUUAUCGGGGACCAGAGGUUGACAGCUGGGCUCUUGGUGUUUUACUUUAUACUCUGGUUUACGGAACAAUGCCCUUUGAUGGCUUUGAUCACAAAAAUCUGAUCAGGCAGAUCAGUAGUGGAGAAUAUCGUGAGCCAACACAGCCCUCAGAUGCUCGUGGCCUGAUCAGAUGGAUGCUGAUGGUAAAUCCUGAGCGCAGAGCAACCAUUGAAGACAUUGCCAACCACUGGUGGGUUAACUGGGGCUAUAAGAGUACUGUUUGUGAUUGUGAUGCCUUGCAAGACUCUGAGUCCCCUCUGCUGUCUAGAUUCAUAGACUGGCAUCAUCGUUCCAGUGGCCUCCAGCCAGAGACUGAGACCAAAAUGAAGUGCCUUUCUAAACCAAAAGGAUCCGAAGUCCAUUUAGAGAGACAGAGAUCCCUCAAAAAAUCAAAGAAGGAAAAUGACAUUGCACAGUCGAUCCAAGAAGGAGUUGAUAACUCCUGCAAAUUAAACUCCAAGAGGCCAAAAGGUAUUUUGAAGAAGAGGAGCAACAGUGAACAUCGGUCUCACAGUGCAGGAUUCAUAGAAGGAGUAGUCAAUCCAGUAUUGCCCUCCACUUUUAAAAAAGAACAAGAAUUAUGUAGAAUAGGUAUACCAAUUAAGAGUGUUUUGGAAGGGGAUAUAACGGGUAAAUACAGCACUAAGCAGUCUUCUUUAAUGCCAAAAAAGGGAAUCCUCAAGAAGACUCAGCAAAGAGAAUCUGGAUACUACUCAUCUCCAGAAAGGAGUGAAUCUUCAGAACUCCUGAAUCAUAAUGAGGAGGUAGGAAACAGUGACACAUCCCCAAAUAUCAUCGAAACGUUAAGAAUAGAGUCUUACAGUCAUUCCUACAGACGGAAGGGUAUUUUAAAGCACAGUAGCAAGUAUUCCACCACUACUGCACAUUCAGCUUUGAUCCACUCUGACAGACCAGUCACGAAAGGCAUGGAGGAAGCAAGUUUGGCUGUAGAUGGAUUAUCUCGAAGUUACAGUCGCCCUUCUAGUGUGAUUAGUGAUGACAGCAUUCUUUCCAGUGACUCUUUUGACUUGGUGGACCUGCAAGAGAACAAACUUAAAAUAAGAAGCUGUGUGUCAGCUGAAAACUUCCUCCAGAUCCAAGAUUUCCAAGGACUUCAAAAAAACCGCUCACGACCACAGUACCUGAAGCGUUACCGAAAUCGGACAAGUGAUAGUUUUUCUCUUCUAACAGACAUGGAUGAUGUCACUCAGGUCUACAAGAAGGCUCUGGAGAUCUGUAACAAACUUAAUUAGCAGAUGGGGAAAAAGUAGGACUGGAGAGAAAGGGUCUUGGGUACCUUUAUGAUGGAGUUGGCCCAAUUGUCAAUUAGCUGACAGUGACAACAUUGUUAUAAGGAGAAGCCCUUUGAAAAUACCACCUCAUGCUUACUAUUCAAACUUGGAAUUCAUGCAGUUAAAAUACUACCUAACGUCCAAAGAAAUUAUGGUAAUAUAUGAAGAAAACUCUCUUGCAGAUAGAAAAAAAAAAAUCUUCCAGCGCAGUAAAUUGAAACUAGAUUAAAUGUAAACUGGAAAAAGGUACUUUUCAUUUUUGUUAGAGAAGGUAACUAACUAGUGGAAAAGCUAUAACUUUAAGAGUAAAAAAUAAUCAACAGUUACAUAUAAUAAAUUAUUGGCAAAUGGAUUUAUCAAUCUUCAUACUGAUGAAUUAAACUUCAUCUAAGUUAAUGAAGUUUCUUGAAUUUCAACCAAAGGAGAUCCUAAUUCAAAAAUACAUGCAAAAAGGACUGGGAUGCUUGCUAAAAGCUUUGUGGGCAUACUUGUCCAUCCAAUUAUUGGAAAUGCUGGUUAUAAUAAUUUUCUUUUGAAAAGCAUUUAGCAAUUUAAGUGGGAAAUAUUUCAUUUUUUUUAUAGAACUUCAGUUAGCAAGAAAUAGUAAAGUAGAAAAAAUGAUGAGUUGAGAGACAAAAACCAUUUUAUUUUCCCAUUAGCGGGGACUCUGGAAAUCUGUAUGCCUGCAAUUAAAAAUAAAUUGUUUGAAGUGCCAAAAACCUUUAAUAAGUUUCUUUUCACCACUUGUGCAUUUAUGUAAGUUAUAGGAACCAUAAAGUUUUUCUAAAGGAUAAUUUAUGAAACCAUAAGUAUGUUAUGCAACGUGUUCUAAUACUGAUUUAAUGAGCUGCAGAAUCUAAGUUUUAUUAAAGACUUUGACUUUAGUUUUUGCAGACCUCAGUUUAGGACAGAUUUCCAGAGCCCUGUUAAUAGGCAGUGGUGUGACGGGCUAGAAGAAACAAAGUUAUGAGGAUGACUAGAAGGAAUACACCCAAAGGUGCUUUUUCAAAAGGCAAUUGGACUUUCUUGUUUUUUCUUUGAAGAUGUUUUGCUUCUCAUCCAAGAAGCUUCUUCAGUUCUGACAGCCCAGUUGUCUUUUGAAAAAGCACCUUUGGGACAACCAUGACUUGGAUGACUGAGAAUCUCCAUAGACAUUUAGAAGGAGUACAGUUUACGAGUAAGAAAAAGAUAAUAGGGUAGUAGACUUCAUGAGGAAUUCAAUUUAAGAAUAUAUAUGUAUUAUAGAUGAUAUUGUUAGAUCAGUUGAAUCAAAUUGGAAAAAACAAGACACGAUUCAUGGAUGUAAUUCUAAAAUUGCAAUUAAAGGUUUCAACUCCCAUAAAGGUACCGCUUGGGUUUACUGGAUUAUAUGAAUGAAUGUAAGCCUCUUUUUAAAUAGGCACUAUGUGGUUGAUAGGCCUGGGCAAUUGAGACUUCUGACUUACUUUAGAUCACGCAUAUCCCAGUAAGCAGUUCAGAGUUGCAGUACAGUAACAUUAUUAAGGUAGUUUACACAAUCAAAGUGUUGUAACACUUUGUUGAAAAAAUAGGCCAAGUCAAAUCUAACUAGGCUGAGAGCACUUCUUUCAUUUAAACUAUGCCAGCUUCAUUACAAAGAACAUAAUUUGCCCCCCUUUAAUUAGAGGCUCCAAAAUUACAGGAAUCUAGUGCCAAUUCCAAAAGAUUUCAAAGCAGAGAUAUUAAAAUAUUAGAAUCAGGGGACAGUGGUUGUAUAGUUCUCAUAAUUUUGUUGAAAUUAUUUUGUGUUAAAACUGUCUAAACAUACAAAUCAGAGGUAGGAAAUCUUUUUGAAAAAGUGGAUGCACUUGGAAUUUGGGGACUAUGAUAUAGAUGCUUUCAUGAAACAGCUGGUAUGAGAAGGGAGCUUUAAUGUUCUUAAAAUGAAUGCCAUAUGAUCCUGUUCAAUUACAAAACAAACUGUAACUGAAAGACUGGUAAGACUCUUUCGAAGCCUUCUCUAGCUUCUCUCCACAGAAUGCUGUAUACUCCAGCUUAAUUUUGCAUUAUUUCUGGACAGAUGUGCACAUAUCCAAACAUUUUUAUAGUCUAAGAAUGCCUUUGAAGCCUAUAGAGAUUUGCUUUGUAGGAGAUUAGCUUCUCCUUUUAAAAAGUAAAAUACUGUCUUAAAAAUUAAACAGAAGCAGCAGAGAACAUGAUGGGCACCAUGACAGGUAUAUGUAGACAGCAUGUUGCUACCAUUAAGAUUAGUGAAUUAAUUAAUUUCCUUUUCCCAAAUAACAGAAAGAUCACUGUAUUCUUCCAAAACAUAUUGGAUCAAAUAAUCCAAAAUGGCACUAAAUGCUUAUAGUAUGCCUAUAGUACUGUCCAUCUGGAUUUGUCAAGAGAAAUGCUUCCAAAGGUAUUCUAGUAAUAUAGUAAUUGAUUGUAUCCACCUACCAUAUCCUUUGUCUUCCAGUUCUUACAUAUUUCUCAACCUUGUCAAGCAAUUCUUUUUUCUAUUCCAUCAUCUACUUGUACCAUAUGUACAUUUUUGCUCACUAUUCAUUGUCUCAAAUGAGCAAUCAGAUUUUAUUUGGGCUUGAACUGAUUUACUGGUUGGUCCAGCAAGUAAUGAUAUGUUUAAAAACUCCAAAUCUAUAGUUCAAAGUAAUCUAUCUUCUCUUUGUCUCUCAGUAUCCAUUUUCACAGCUAUCCAUUGCCACUACAAUAACAAUUGUUUUAAGCAUUCUGAACUUUGUUGACAUUGAGGUCUCUUUCACGAUUUUAUCUAAGUUUGUAGCUGUCUUCCUUCUUAAUCAACCUACACUUUAGAUUGCAUACAGUUCGUCUUUAUUUACUGAGUUCAAACAACUAAAACCAACUUCACAUUGACAAUUUGUCUUCUUAAUAUUUAACAUUAACUUGGAAGUCUCACAUUUUAUUUUUACCUUCAUAAUGAGUUCAUCCAAAUCCAAGCACUAAAUAUGAAUCCCAGAACUAUGUUUACUUAAUCAGCCUCACUGGAUUGACUGGUAAGAACAUUUGUUAAGAGAUUUCCACCUUAGAAGAGUAUAUAUGUUUCAACACACAGCUAAAAAAAAAAAAAGCAUAGUUCAGUAAUUUCCAUAAAUUUUGCUUUAAGAUAAAGACCAUGUUUUGAUUCAUGAAUAAGCAAACCUUUUUCCUUUGAGAACAAAGGACUGGUCUCAGUUUUCUUAGAGUAGAAUAGUGCUAAUUGCUACCUGUCUUCAGCAAGCCCAGUUUAACAUGCAGUUGAUAAAUAUUGAGACAAAAAGGGAACUCUCAACAGCUCCUGGGAAGAACUAGGAAUUGUCCUCACACUUAGCUCUAUGUUAUAGCCCAGGCCUGUCAUCUUGUAUACAAAUGUGAAUGACUGAUUAACUCAGUGUUUCUCAACCUUGGCAACUUUAAGAUGUGUGAACUUCUACUCUUAGAAUUCUGCAAGUUGAAGUCCACACAUUUUAAAAGCUGUCAAGUUUGAAAAACACUGGUUUAACUGAUUGCUGCCAAACUGGAAAAAUAUUCUGUAGGGACUUACUGGCAUAUUAUCAUUCCUAGAAGAACCAGAACUCUUGACUGCACAUUGUUAUUAAUAGUGCUGUGUAAUUUUUUUCCCUUAUUUAAUUUGCAAAGAAUUUUUUUUGUCUUUAAAGUUGACUUUUUUAUUUGUUUUCUUUUAAUUUAUUGGUCUGAAAGCCAUUUCAAAGGUAUAAUAAUAUAUUUUGGUAUAAUUUAAUUGGUUCUGCAUUAUUUUACAGCUUUGGCCAAAACAUUACCUUAAGAAAGUGUUUUGUUUUUCAUUUUGCUUAUUGGUUGGUUUGAUUACUUUGAAGCAGAGGGAAACGCUGGAUAAUCACCCAAAGUGUUUGUAUUUUUAAUCUGAUCCUGUCUUUUUUAUUAAAUAAAAAUUGAUAAAAUGUGAA